UAAAACACCAAGAAGAAGAAGAAGCUGCCAUCAAGCAUAACUGGUUUGUGCUUCCGGGAAAGAAGAAAGAAAAAAAAAUGAUCAGAGCAAAGGAAAAGCAGCUGCAGCGUUUUCCAGCCGAGCCCCGGGCCUCCAUCCCAUCUCUGCUAUCUCUGUCCACACCUCCGCCUUUCCAUCACUCAGCUCCUCACCUGCGCACAGGGACACGAAUGCCAAGCAGAGGACCUCCUGGAGGACAUCAAUUUUUACCUGUUAGACCGGUCAUUUCACAGGGUCUCUUAGGUCCCUGCCCACUGCUGCAGCCCGCAGUGCCCAUGCCCAGACGACCAGGAGGCGGCCGGUCUCUUCUCGGCGCUGCUCCCGUCGGUGUUCCACUGAGGACUCCACGUAUGGCUUUUAUACCUGAACAUCACCACAAGUCACGUGGUGCUUUUAUGAAUAAGGAAGGCUUUAUGCACAGUCUUCAGAGAAAGAGGCAAAAUGGCCAUAUUGCAGAAGAGAAAAGUAAUGGACAGAUGAGCAAAUGUAGAACAGAUGCAAAAACAUCAAAAGAGGGAAAGAAACUAGAAGGUUCUGUUGAAGGUCAUGCCUUAUUCUCUGAGCAAACGGAGCCUCCUGGGAAAAAACAGAAGAAUCAUGGAGCUAAUGAGUUGGUUGAAGAGUGUGAAGGUGGAGAUACAGAGCAAAACUCAGCAGGUUCAUCAACAAUCCGAGAACAGGAAGUCUACAUGGAGGAAUGUGCAUCUGCUGAAGCUGACAAGGAAGCUGAGCAGAGCAGGACAGCAGAGGUGCUGGGUGUAGGCACGUCUCUUAAGGUGACCAUUCAGCGCAGCAGUGAGAGUCGAGCCUUCAGCACUGGGUCAGAGGAGGCAGUGGCUGCUGCAGGUCCAGGAAUGGACAAAGACAAGAGCAUGACUGCAGACAAAUACUGCUGUUAUAUUUGCAAUGUCACUUCUUCUGACCAACAGGACUUUCAGACUCACAUGAUCAGCUUGGAACACCAGCAGAUGAUGAUGGAGAUUCAGCACCUGAGUAACACCUGCCUGGCAACACUGCUACCCAAAAUGCACCAAUCACUACAGAGCAAAUACAGAGGCCUGCAGCGCUGGUGUGCAAUCUGCCAGUGUCACUUUAUUGGUGAUCUUAUCGAACACAGAAGAACCAAGAAGCACAAGAUGGCGAAGGUUUCUUCUAGACCAUUUUGCACAGUGUGUGAGCGACACUUCAGAACUCCUCGCAAGUUUGUGGAGCACAUGAAGUCCCCAGAGCACAAACAGAAGGUUGAGGAGCUAAAAGGAGGACCUGAAGUCAUGGAGGAACUCAUAACAUUAGAUGCCAUAGGUUGCUUUGAAGAUGACGAAGACUAUGAGGAAGAAGGAAGCGAAGAUGAAGUGUCUGAACAGGUUAAUUCAGCAGAGAUUAAUGAUGAUAAAGAGUAUGAUCCAGACACACAGUAUGGCACCAAUUUUGUAGUCCCGGUAGCAGGUUUUCUCUGUAAACUCUGUCACAAGUUUUACCACUUUGAGUCCCGAGCUCGGGAGACACACUGCAAGUCUGUCACUCACUACCAGAACUUACAGAAGUACAAGGUUAUGCUGAACCUACCUGAGGAGGACGAGAGCCCAGCCUGUUACUUGGGUAAUGUUCAGAAUGUUGAGAACAGCAGUGCAUGCACUGCUGCAAUGAAAGACAGGCAUGAAGAAGAGGAGAACCCAGAAAACCACUUGGCUUUCAUUACACACUCAGCUGCUGUCCACACAAAGAAGCAACACUUGCAGUCACACUACAAAGGUCCAGCCUCAAAACCAUUGUCUGAGUCUUCAGCCACACAAAACCCUACUGUAGUUUAAAGCACCUGACUGCUGAAAAAAUAUCUGAUUGUAGUUCUUCCACACAAAAAAGAAACCCCUUAGUAAGUGUAAAGAAACCUCAACGUCUCAGUGAUGUGCGUAUUACUGUUAGAGUGCUGAUUCUGAAGAUCAGAAGCUGAACUCCCAUACUCUUAUGAUGGUAUUAGUACUUUGGUUUCAGGUUAAACUUUCUAAACCCAUGCAUUUCUUGACUAUACGCCACUUCUGGAGCUAUGAGCAUAUAUAGUGCAGUUUUGUUUUUAUUUUUUUUCCCUGUAGUACAUUUUAAUUUUCUGUCCAGUAUUAAAUUGAAUAAUAAGGUUAUUACUGGCCAGUACAUACAGGAAUGUGAAUUUAUCAGUUUACCUCCUCAUUAUUUAAACUUGUUUGAGUGUGGUGUUAUACCGUGCCAAAAUGAAUCUAGUCCCUGUCUCAAGUCCUUGGGACGUCCUGGGCCCUGUACUACGAAGCGGGUUUUCUGGCUUACCAGGGUAACUUCGAGAGUAACUUGAUCACGUGCAGCGUAACUUCCCGAUUAACCCAUACUACGAAAGUUGGCUACGUUCAAACCGAGGUAUGCUGCCAUGGCAACUUACGCUGCAUCUCAAACCUGCUCGUCUCAGGUUAUGUUCUUGGUUAACCCGAGGUUUCCGAUUAACCACACCCUUUUUAAACACCACCUCUCCACCGACAUUUCCUCUAGAGACAUUGCCAGCGUGCCUGGAUGACUCGUGCGAUAUCGGAGCGCAGAUUAGAGAUGGGAUUUAUGGCUCUUUGAUGGGAUCCACAUCUUUGUGAUCCGUUCUUUGAAAAGAGCCGUUCAAAAGACUGGCUCAUUUGGCUCUUUUUAAAUAUUUAUUCAGCUUUAAGAAGACAGCGUCUAAAGAAGCCAGAUCCCUCUGCUUAGACAGUGACAUCAAUAUUUCUGGACAUACCUUUUAUAUAAAGCAACCUAGACUUACAUUAUUGUAACCCCUAAACGCUCAUAAAUAACCAUUAAAAAACAAUGAGGGCUUCAAUGAAUGUCCAUGCAGAACGGCUUUUCUGUAAAAAAAAAAAAAAAAAGAACCCACUCAAGAACAUAGUUAUCAAGAACGCAAGAAUAUUUUAUAGAAAAACACUUGUUUUACAAAAAUAUUUAAGUCUGAGAUACAAAAUAGAUACAACUAUAAUAAAUAUAACACAAGAACUAGUUAUCACACAAGAACAUUUUAAUAGA